CUGUUUGUUGGGCCUAAACCAGCCCAAGCAACAGACGCUAAAAACAGAAGAACGAAAAGAAACAUACACAUUAUUUUUUUUUUCAAAAUUUUAUAGAUUCUAUUAAUUCCGUUUAAAUUAGCUGAUCAAAUAUUAUGGGCGUGCAAUGAUAUUUAAAUUGUGAACAUGUUACAGUUGCUAAUAGUUACCUCACUAAUAUUCCUCUUCAUUUACUGGAUUUUGCCCACGGGCAUCAGCUGGUAUCUGAUUAAGCGUUUUCGGGUCAAAGUGCGCAUCGGUCGCAUUUCUUUGCCCUAUUUGUCGCUCAAGAAUGUCCACAUCAGCAAAAGCGGUUUCUCAGUCCAAAUCGAAGAAGUGUGCUUACGCAGUCGUUUCUUUACCACGGAGGUAACAAAGCUGGUGUCCAUUUAUGUACGCGACAUACGCAUCAAUAAGGAUAUACACAGCAAUCGGCAGGAUGACGUCAGCGAUGGUUUCUAUUAUGAGCCGCGCAAGCAGAAAGCCGAGGCCAGAAGUGUACCCGAUUUCCGGCAAACCAAAGUGCCGGCAAGCAUUAUAACCUUUGCACAGUUUAUGGCCGUGCAUGUCAAUAACAUAUCCGUGGUGCUGAUGAACAACGACUUCGAUCCGGGCUGGUUUAUACAUGCCACCGCCAAGGAGCUGCAUCUGGAUGGCAGUAUCGUGCAAAAUGCACGAGUCCUCCUAGUCAAUGCAGCGCUUGUUGAGGCGCAGGCGAAAAUGUUGCGGCAUUGCAAUGCACGGCGACAGUCCUUGGAGAAUCUGAACAAAAUACGUCCUUGCCUGGGCGAAGUCAGUUUUGAUGUGGCGCUCGAUGCUUCACUCUUUGCACACGGGCCGCUCUCCAUGGAUUCGCUCAGCCUGGUCAUAAACAAUUGCAAGUCAGUCAUACAUGGCGGUCUGUACGAGUUCCUUACCGAGGCCAAGCAACGCACCAACCCCGGCCAGCCGACGAAGACCUUACAGCAGGCCUUUACACCCAAUGCCAGCGGCUAUGAUAAUGACAACUAUGAGAAACUGGCGCCCAUUAUACCAAAGAACUUUAACUUCAGCGUUAAGGCAGCAACAUUUUCCGCAGUCAAGGAGAACUCGCAAAAUGAUUUUAGUGCCAAGUUGCAGCUGUUUACCAUAACGGGUAAAUUCAACUCAAAGAUUGUGGAUGAAAAGACGCUGCUGCCCUCCAUGUUGGCCAAGCUGGUUUUUCAGCAUCUGGACAUUGAUACCAAAUACGAGAAGCUGCUCUUCGUGGAACAGUUUACCAUUGAUUCGGUGCUGGAGAAGGACAUAUUCAAUCUGUAUGUGAAGCUCAAGACAUUCCAGAUUAUCUACAAUCACAGCGAGAUCUAUGAUUUUGUAAACAAUAAUUUUCUUGCACGCCAGCGUGCAACAAGCAACCAUCAACUACUCCAGCUGGGCCAUAGGCAAAACUCGCUGCCGGAUCAUUUGUGUUUGGAUGCGUUGACGCCCUCAGUCUCGCCGGCCAAGCAACGUCGCUAUGGCGGCAUUCUGGAGUGGAUCAUGCAGCGCAUUGUGGUCAAAGGCUGUGCCGAGCUUUGGAACGUUUCGUUGCUCAUGAAACUGGAUGAUGAGCACAUCGCCAUGAGCGUCAGUCACACACGCUUUCUACUGGAGCAAAUUGAGGAGAAGCGGAGUUCUCUGUAUCGCAAUAAGUUCCUCAAUUUACUGCUCAAUCAGCGGCAAUGGAGCAUGGAAUUGAUGGUGGAGACGCUCUGGUCUAAUCUGGGCAACUCCAACAACGACACAAACAAUCUGAAAAAGACGCAUUCACCGGGCUCACCAUUUUUCCUGGGCGUCAGUCUGGUCAAACUUUGCUCCUAUGCAAACACAACCAAGUUGGACAUAUCCAUACACACGUUCCGCACUGAGUACAGCAUGCAGCUGGCGGAGUUUAUCGUCAAGUCCAUGUUGUGCGUUAAGCAGUACGGUGGACUUGGCACAAGACGUGCUAAGCAGUCGCAAUCUCAACUCAGCAGUGCCUCGGGAGAGCAGCAGGGCACAGCACUGCGUGUUUCUGUUAAGGUUAAGGAUAUCACGGCAUAUUUUGUGAACCAUCACAAUGUGUAUAUGCUGCUGAGCUUCUCUGAAAUUAAUCUGACACGUGCUCACAAUUUGGCCACGCUAAAACUGGAGGAGUUCCAAAUGGCUAUCAUGCGGUCGAUGACAGCCUCGUCGCUGUGUCUUACGGACUUUUCGGAUGUGUUUGCCAACUGCAAGAUGAUACGACUGGAGCAUCAGCCAGCGUUAGAAGGCACUCCCGGCAAGCUAUCUAUUUAUAUACCCGGCAAUACGGAGGCCAUGUGGAACUCCAAUUUGCACAUGCAUCUGCUAACGCUAGUGCGUGAUAUGCAGGACCUGAAGGCGGAAGUGGCAAUGCCUGCAUCCACCAAGUUAGAGGCCCAAAAGCCCAAGCCUUCGAUUGUCAUUGAGUUGUCCGCGGAGCGUAGCACGAUAUUUGAACUGAAGCUAUCGGAACGCCAUACCAUACAGGUCUUCGUAGAGAAUCUCUUCUUCAGUCGCAAGGAGCGCAAUAUAAUCUAUGCGGAGAAUGUCUUUGUCAGGAUCGACGAUCAGCACAUCUUUACGGUCAAGGAACUGGACAUGCAGUCGCUGUCGUAUCUCGAGACGCUCAGCCAUGAACGUCUCAACUUUCCAGGCUUUGUGCUGCCCACUAACAAGGUGUGGGUGACCACCAUCGGCUCCUUCAAGGCAAUUUUCCCCUACGAUCAUGAUUUCUAUGAUGCCAUCAAUAACGAGUGCGUCACACACUACAAGUGGCUGAAGCUAGUGCACAACUACAAGAAGAAACCCUUCACAGUCAAUUCACCCUUGCCCAGUGAUUGGGUAAUCAAGAUUAAGGAGUUCCUGCUCGAGAUCAGUGACGAUCCCUUCGAGGUUAAACUGCGCGAUAACUAUGUGCUGCUGGUAGAUGAAUAUCUGGAGAGUCUGAAACGCAAGGCGCUGUUCGACAAGAAGAUUGCCGAAAUGUGCUCAGAGAGGCUGCUGGUGCCCGCGGGCACUAUUGAAAGUCUUUAUGCGAAUUUGGUCAAGAAGAACUCCGAGAUUUAUAUACAACGCUCGAAGAAGAUACGUGAAAGCGGGCCAGUGCGCACGCGCCUGCUCGCCUGGAUUAUGACCGAUGUGGAAAUUCUCGCCAUGGCCGACACCUCCAUCCACGGCUAUGACAAUGUGACGCGCACCAUGCGCGAAAUCGACUCGGAGAGUCCCUGGCCGGAGGAGGGACUACAGUUUACAACGCUUUGGUGUCGCGGUGUCAACAUCAGCUGCUCCGAGUGGAAGUUUAUGUUGCGAGACUUUCCGCAGCCCAUGUUCUACGUGAAGAGCAUGCGACUCUACGGCAAUCUUUGCGGUGCCGAGCAAAUGCCUUCGAAGCGUGCCAAGCGCGAUGUCUUCGUGGAAGUUGGGGAACCCUUUGAAACGGACGUCGUGCAACGCAGCAUGCCGACGAUUAAGUUCUAUCACGACUUUGACUGCGAACUGGAGAGCUGCAGUUAUGCCUUUGGCCCCUGCUGGGAGCCCGUGAUGGCCCAGUGCAAUUUGAGCUUUGAGAAAAUCUCAGCGCCCUCGAAGGAUCCAAGUCCACCGCUACCAUUUUGGGAUAAGAUGCGUCUGUUGCUGCAUGGACGCUUGACUCUGAUUGCCAAGCAGUUUACUGUGCUGCUGCACGCCUCGCUGGAUCCGUACAACACCACCGAGGAAAUGGAGCUGACGUGGAACAAUUGCGGCAUUGUCUGGACAAAUGCCAAGAUCAUGUUCAAGGGCGAGCUCAACGUGACAGUACGAACUGCCUCUCGAUAUGAUGAUUGUCGACUGCUGCACUUUCCGAAUCUGAAGCUGACUUUUAAGCUUAAUUGGGUUUGUCUGGCCAAUCCCAAUGACCAUCAUGCUGUCAUGCCCUGUGCACCCGACAAGUUGCCUGAAUACUCAAGCAACCAGGUACAUGAUUCCUUUCGCGCUUUUCGCUCGCUGAAUCUCAACGUCUGGGCAUCGUUCGAGACGAAGCCCAAGGUGGCCGAGGAGGUGGAAUUAGAUAUACCCAGCCUGGUGCUGUAUGGCAGCACAUUGCGCUGGUUCGAGAGCCUCAAGCUCAUCCUGUCGGGCGUGACGCGGCCUACACGUCGUGGUCCGGUGUUCAACAAUGUGCGGCCACGAAAGAAGCAACUGAGUCGACACUACAAGAAGGCCAAUCUACAGAUGUGCCUGCACAAGUUUCAGGUGCUCUACUGGAUGUCACAUGCCCUGCACAAGGGAUUCCAGCUGAAUGGACGUCGCGUUUCCUUCAGCUCCGAAUAUUGUCUGACGCUGAAUCCAAUUGACGAUGGUCUCAUACACAGGCCGCGUGCGGAUUGGUCCACGGUUUACAUGAACUGUGAGCUGAACGACGCCGAGAUCUGGCUGAAGAGCAUAGUAACCGAAAAACUGGACAGCAGCUCUGAGAAUUUGGCCAGCGCUGCCGAUGCUUUCAAAAUUGUGCGCUUUUAUUUUCUGAGCGUGGCCAAGGUCUCGUAUGGACGGGAGGCAUUGAUGCCCACAACGGCCAGCAAUGCAGAAGAAGAUGCUAAAACCAAGUGCACAACGCCCACGCACAAGCUGGUCGUAUACGAUCUAAAGGGUGCCUGGACCAAAAGCAAUCGUGAUGUGGCGUUCGCUCUGUUCGACUCCUUUAUGAAGUCGCAAAAGCUGAAGAACAAUCUAUCCACAGAGGCUGUCAAGAGCUACCGUAAGGAGGCGGCCAACUCGGCCAUGCUAAAACACAAGCGUAGCGAUAGCACUAUAACUCUGUCCAGCACCAGCAGCGAGGUGCUGCCAAUUGCCAAUACGAAUGCCGCGCUGAAGAAGGCGCCGGGCCAGAUCCAUGCCACCGCCAUGCUGCAGCAGCUCAUCGCGGAAGCGGAUCAUAAGUUCAAUGUGUACAGCGACGAUCACAGCACACAGUCCAGGGAAUUGCAGCUGCAGGGACUGCAGGCUUGCUCCGUGCAGGAUAUUAUACAUGAGAACUGGUCCAUCAGUCUGGUCAACUCUCAGGUGCUCCUCAAGGGCUGUGAAACGUCCGGCUAUGUAAUUAUCAGUGCCGCCAAGGCGGAGAUAUUGCAACGCGAGCAUCGGCCCGUCUGGCGGGAUCGUUCGCUCAUCUCGAAGACAACCUGGAAGGGUUUAUUGGAGUGCAUGCAGUACUAUGCGACAGUCAGUGCCGGCGACAACGAUUCGCUGCUGGAGAAAGAGAUCAUGUGGCUGACGGUAGACAAUAUACAGGACAAAGAUGAGACGGUGAUCAAUAAUCACCUGCCCGAGGAUAUAUCGCAUCUGGUGGGCAGCGGACGUAGUGUGGGCGGCGUUGUUUCCGAAACUGUGGGCGCCUUCCUCAGCGACAACUCUGGCCAAGCACAGCCGGUGCAGCUGCAACGCAUCGUGUCCAAAUGUAAAUGCGAGUUCUUUUACGUAAGCUAUGGCGAUGCCAUUGAUCCGAAUAGCAUCACCGAGGUUCCGCCGCCACCAUCCGAGGAAACAUUGUCGCCUUGGGAGAAGCAGGAUGAUCCUGUGGAUGCCUUCACGCUGAUGCAUCACGAUCUUGAUGUGUGCACCAAUUCGCUACAGUACGCCAUGAUCCUGGACAUUGUCAACAAUCUGCUGCUGUACGUGGAGCCACAGCGCAAGCAGGCGGCCGAAAAAUUAGCCCGCAUGCGCUUUCAGCUGCAGCUGCACUCCACGGAGGAUCAGAAGCGGCCCAUCCAACAGAAGCAGACGGUCAUACGCAGCCUGCUGAUGAAGAUACGCUCGCUGGAAAAGGAUAUACAUCUGAUCAGCAAGGAACGAAUCGAAGAAGGCGACACGCUCGAGCUGCGCGUCGACUUUGAGCGUGUGCAGCAGCAGAUACGCGAGAGCAAGGAGGAGCUGAACACAUACAGCGAGGAGCUGGACAUGAUGCUGUUGUGCUAUAAGGAAACCCAGCUAUCGCAGCUCAGCAAGAUCUCUAAUGUGCGUUCCGACAAGUCGGUGACAAUGGUGCGCGCCAAUGAGAUCUGCUUCAAGCGCGCCCAGUGGCGACUCACAGAGACGGAUGGCCAGAUUGGCAUUGCGGAUUUGGUGCUGAGCGCGUUUCUCUAUACCAAAAAGUCCAAGAGUGAUGAUUCCGUGGAGCAUCUGCUAGAGCUGGGCAACAUACGCAUGGAGAAUCUGCUGCCACGCGAAAUCUAUCGCGAUGUGCUGCUGGCCACGGAAAUACAGAAGGAUAUGCCCGUGGACACGCACAAGCGUGUGCUGCGCAUCUUUUGCCGCGAGAAGCCGCCCGUAGGCGGCAUUUCAGUUAAAGAUCACUUCGAGAUUAACGUGGCACCUAUAACCAUAGCAAUUACCAAGAAGUUCUAUAGCACUAUGUUGAAGUUUUGCUUUCCGGAUCGCGAUGCAUCCGAAACUGAGGUCAGCGAUGAGCUGGAUGACAAUGCAUCUACCAGUUCAGCGUCCACAACGAAUUUACAAUCGAAAUCGGGAUCAUCGUCGAAGCGCGUGGCCAAGAGCAAGAAGAGCGCCAAGGAUUCCGAGUUCUAUGUGAAAAUCGAGAAGGAUGACGUGGAAAAGAUGAAGGAGCGCGCCGAGAAAAACAAACUGUUCAUCUAUAUUAAAAUACCCGAGGUGCCGGUGCGUGUUAGCUACAAGGGUAACAAGGAGAAGAAUCUGGAGGACAUAACAGACUACUCACUGGUCAUACCCACGCUGGAAUAUCACAAUGUCACCUGGACCUGGCUGGAUCUGCUGCUGGCCAUGAAAUCGGUGAGCAGGCGUGUCAUUGUCUCGCAGGCCAUCAAACAGAAGCUGCAAAUCCAUCGACGUCAGCCGGUGCUGUCGGCCGGUGAGCGUGCCACGCCUCAGGAGGAGGAUAAAGCCAAAAUGCUCUUUGGCAAUCGUUUGCUGAGCGAAAAUCGCAACCAAAGAAAAGGUGGCGGCGUCUUCAAGUUUCCAUCGGGCGGCGGCAAGAGAACAGAUUAAUCAUAUUUAUUUAAUAUACUAAAUACAUAUAUCUAAUUAUAUGCAUAUCUAUUUCGGAUGUGAGACUCGCAGCGGCGGGCCAGGCCAAUUGUCAGACGAAUAUCGAGUCGCUUUUAAUUUAUAAACACACACUACAACACAAUCACACUAAAGUAUUACCCAAGUCUAUAAAUAUAACAAUAUAUUUAUUUACGCAUGUGUCUGUCCGUCUGUCUAUUUAACCAUAUAAUUAUUAAUCUUGUUGUAAACUGCUUUUGUUUCACUUUAGCAAAUAAAGAGAGAGAGAGAAAGAGA